AAGUAUUGUUUGACUGCGGGUGAGAUGAGGACACAUGUUUUUAGAAGGUCAGUGGGGCUCCUCGUCGUCUCCGUCGUGAUUGUGGCGUGUGUUUACGCGUUGCUUGCAAGAAAUGGGUCCGUCAAGCAACUUCCAAAGCCGAGACCGGCAGAAGAGCACAGACUCCUGUCGCCGGAAACGUACACAUACCUUCUCAACCAGCCUGCUGCCUGCAAAGUCAGAAAACCCUUCUUGGUCUUAAUGGUCCCAGUGGCCCCUCAUGACUACUCAGCAAGAGAGGCCAUCAGGAAAACAUGGGGUACAGCCAGCCAGGACACCCUCACCUUGUUUUACAUGGGGAUCACUGAGGGGGGGCAGGCGAGGAGUACCCUGUGGGAGGAAAGCAGGACUCACUCAGACGUCAUCCAGAUGAACUUCCUGGACACUUACAAGAACCUCACCAUCAAGACCAUGAUGAUGAUGAACUGGCUAGCCACUCACUGCCCCGACGUCUUCUACGCCAUGAAGGUGGAUGCUGACAUAUUCGUGAAUGUCUUCUACCUGGUCAGGAUGUUGAGGAGUUCUCCAAGGCGUGGGUACAUCACAGGGUCAGUCAUAAGCCAUGGCAAACCCCAGAGGAACGCUGCCAGCAAGUGGGCACUUUCAGAGCAGAUGUACCCCGAGGACAGACUACCGACGUACGUAUCCGGUGCGGGCUACGUCUUCUCGAUAGACCUGGCUGCCGAGAUCUCCAGGGCGUCCAGGUUCGUCCGGCUCGUCCCUUACGAGGAUGUGUACGUGGGGCUGUGCCUGCGUGUGCUCGGUAUCCGGCCCGUGUACGGAAGAACCUGGCUGUUCAAGAACCUGUUUGAGAUCCGGAAUCUGGAGUAUGACAGGUGCAGGUUCGCUGGACUCGUGCUUGUCAACGGCUUUCAGCCUUCCCAACUGCUGCAGGCCUGGAAGGAUUUCUCACAAGGCUAUAAAAGCUGCUAAUUUCUUCCGUUCUAUACAGUCUUUUUCACACACUGUUUUUGUAAUUAUUAAGCGAGGGCCACAUACUGAAAAAUGAAAGGAUGCAAUGGCCACUUGGAUAUUUUGGAAAGUAACACAUGUAGAUAUGCUAAGAAGUUACAUAUAUUUCAAGAAAAAAACACAUCUCAGAUUUGUGAUAUACAAGUAGGAGACAAAGCCUAUUAUUAGCAGGAACUCUGGUAUUUUCUCUUUUUUUCCCAUUUUUGCUGCUGUUUGUUUAAAUUUUCCAAAUAUUUCAACUUUCUUCUUGUAAAUGUUGCUCUCGUAAUUAUGACUUUUUCCCAUAAUAUUUGGACUUUAUUCUUGUAACGUUCUAACUUUUUCCGCAAGCUAAUUCUCUAAAAAUGGCCACUGGAUUCGUUGUUUGGCUUGUUUCUCAUAUUAGGGGUUUCAAAAAAUAAUGUCGUUUUUUCUGUAAUAGUUCGACUUCAUGCUACCAAAAAGUUAUUUUUCCUCAAAUUACGAUGUUGUUCUUGUAAAAUUACGACUUUCGUUCGAUUCUAAGACUAUCAUCACAUAAAAUUACAGCUAUUUUUUUACAUUUCGGCUGUUUUUUAAAUUUAUUUUUGAACUAUUUCAACUUUCUUCUUGUAAAUUUUAUUUUCGGAAUUAUGACUUAUAUGAAUUAUCAUUUGUUGUUUUGUUUGUUUCUCAUAAUAUAAUAACUUAAAAAAAACGCUUUUUCUUUAAUAUUUCAAUAUCAUGGUACUAAAACUAAAAUGUUAUUUUUUCUCAUAAUAUUCAAUUUCUCGUAAAAUUACGACUUUUUCUCGUUACAUUACAACAUUUUUCUCGUAAUAUUUUGACUUUAUUGCCGUAAAAUGACUGCUUUUUGUCCAUUUCUGCUGUUUUUUAUUUAUUUUCCCACUAAUUCAACUUUCUAACUUUUUUCCGCAACCUAAUUUUUCCAAUAUUUUACACAUUAUUUUGAUUUGCUUCUCAUACUAUGACUUUAGAAAAAUAACAUUGUUUUCUUUAAUAUGUCAACUUUAUACUACUAAAACAAUAGUUUUUUAAAAUCAGAAUUACUGCAUUAUUCUUGUAAAAUUACAGUUUUUUCUUGUUAGAAUACAACUUCUGUGAUUGGUUGUUGACAAGUCCAGGGUGUACCCUGCCCCUCGCCCAAAGUCAGCUGGGAUAGUCUCUAGCAUACCCCUGCGACCAUAGUGAGGACAAGCGGCAUAGAAAAUGAUUGGAUGGAUGGAUUACAAUUUCUUUAAUACUUUUUUUUUAUAUAUUUUGACUUUUUCUUGUAAAAUUACUCCUUUUUUUCCAUUUCUGCUGUUUUUUUUAACUCAGAAAAAUAGAACUCUUUUGUUCUGUUUUUCCUAAUACUAUGACUUUAGAAAAAUAACGUCUUUUUUCCUUAAUAUUUCAGCUUUAUACUGCUAACGUAACAUUUUUCCUCAUAAUCGUAGGACAUUAUUCUCAUAAAAUUGCAACUUCUAGAUUACAAGUAUUUUAUUUUAUUUUAUUUUAUUUUAUUUUAUUUUAUUUUAUUUUAUUUUAUUUUAUUUUAUUUUUAUGCCAAUAAAAGAAACAGCUGCGGGCCACCAAUGGCGCCGGGGCCACAGUUUGGACACCCCUGACCUAUAACACAAAGUUCAGUUUGUAUCUAACACCUUUUUUAGACUUUUUUUUUAUUAUUAUUACAAAAUUAAACACCUCAAAAUGACCCUCACAUUCUUUGAUUUUUCCGUAUGCCACCCUUGGACGUCCUUGCCUUAACACAAACAAAACAACAACAUGAUUUGGUUUGUGUGAUAAAUUGUUUGAUAACAUGUUUUUUUGUACAAUUCAUAUACUGUAGAACAUGCGAUGAGCGAAUGUGAUGCCGGGCAAAGGACCAGAAGAUAGCCAAACUAAUCCUCAAAUGUAGCUGGUUUUUACAUUUGAGUGCAACGUGUAUGACUUUACUUUCAGAGCUGCUAGUUGGAAUGAAUACCUUUUAGUGUCUUGAUCCAAAUAAGUGCUGUGGUUGCGUACCAAAGGAAGUAUCCGUUUUACUGUAUCUGCUAUCAGUGCCUGCUGGAUUUGUGUUCCACAUCCUGUAAGUCAGAGGUUGGAUGAAGAAGUUGACAUCAUCUAAAGUCUUCUUUGAAAGCCUGCAUCUGACCAGGUUGUGGUGUUUUGGUUCUUAACAGUUGACAUACUGUACAGUGUACUGCUGUUGCGCUCCUUGGCCAGUUGGUGGCAGGAUUGACCUGACAAUCUGGCUUUGCCUUUAACUUGCUGUUGCUGCUAUAACUCUACCAUGUACCAAAGUACCUUAUUUAUAUCCUAGAUAUAGUGGAUAGAAAAUAACUAAUUUAUUCCAUCAGGAAAAUGUAUGAAUGUCUUGAGUCAUUCACUGAGAAAAGUGAAAGAUGGUUGUGCGGAAUAUUAGUUGCCUUGGAGUUCAUGUACUAACUACGUGGGCAGUUUCUGGUUCCACUUUUUGUCGAGCAUGUACUGAAUUCACACUGUCCACAAA